GUCUGCUCGCCGGUCAAAACCGCUACCUCUGCGCCCGUCUCGCUACAGCCCGUGUGAAUGCGUGUGUGUCUGGGGGUGUGGUGUGGUGUGGUGUGUUUAUGCCUGGCUCAGGUAGACGCCGAGCAGGCGCCGCGUGGCGGCCGGCAGCUUCUCCUCCUCAGCGCUGCACACAAACAGUUUGUUUAACGCACAGAGAGGCCAUCGAUGGCUCGUGUGUGUGCUUGUGUGUGUGUGUGUGUGUGUGUGCAUCUUGUUUGUUUACGGUAGGUCCUUUCGCUUGGCGGCGAGGUACUUGCGGAUCUCCUUGGCCAACACCUUGCCCAACUCAACCCUUUCACACACAUCACACAUCACACAUCACACGUGUGAUGCCAUCACACGCGCCACUCCCUCCCUUGUCAAGCUGCCUCAGCUCACCCCCACUGGUCGAACGAGUUGAUGCUCCACAUGAACCCCUGAAGCAACGAACGAACAAAUCACAUACGUGUAUCUAUGGCUGGUGCUCUGAGAGCACUCUGUCUGCGGCCCCACGCCAUUAUCCUAUUCUUCUCUCUCUCACCUGUACGGCGGUUCGGUGCUCGUAGAGCGCCAGCAGGCACCCCAGGUAAUACGCGUUGGCCUCGGGGAACAGCAAACUACACACAACAGGACAGGACAGACACACACCAAGGAGAGAGAGAGCGAGGGAGAGAGAGAGAUGACAGGCAGCCCCGCCACACACCACACCGACUGACUAGCCGUCUCACUCAGGUACUCACCUGAGUGAGGGUUUGUCUCCCGGGAACGUCUUGUGCGGCACCAACUCGGGCGGCACGCCCUCGGCCGCGACCAAAUCAGCACUCUUGCCUGAUUUGUUUGAUCCACACACCAACAGGGAAACCGCACACGAACGAACCGUGAGUGAGGUGAGUGACGACAAUGACGACACGUCCGUCUGUCUGGGUGCUGUAUGCUCCCUGACCGAAUGCGAGUGCGUCGGGCUGUGCGAAGAAGUUGGACAUCAACUCGUCGUGGUUGGGCACCGGGUCGUUCUGAUGGAUGGACAGACACACACACACACAUGCACACAUAUGCACACACAAACACACACACACACACAUACCGCCACGAUAACAGGGUUUUGUGAGCGGCAGAACCCGAUGAAGUCGGCCGGCACCGUGCGGCCCUGAUGCAGCAGCUGGUAGAAACUACACACACACACACACACACACACACAAACACCACAACCACAUAGCAUCGAGAGAGGCAUCCAAUGUGUCUGUCUGUCGUGUGCCUUUAUGUGUAUGUGUGUGUUUAUGUUACCUGUGCUGUCCGUUGGUUCCCGGCUCGCCGAAGUCGAUUUCUCCGCACUGGUAGGGCAGCUCGAUGCAGUCGAUGCUCACGCGCUUGCCGUUGCUCUCCAUCGUCACCUGCUGAAUGUGAGCCGCAAACCUAAACCCACACACACACACACACAGAGAGAGAGAGAGAGUGUGUGUGUGUGUGAGUGCGUGUGUGAGGGGAACCUGAUGAGGGCCUGGCAGUAGGGGAGGAUGGCGUGGCAGGGGUAGUCGAGAAACGAGGCGUUCCACACGGACACCAGCCCCAUCAGCACCGGCAGGUUCUCCGAGAAGGCCGCCGUCUUGAAGUGGUCGUCCAUCGCAUUCGCACCUUCGCCACACCACACACACGCAGAGAGCAACAAGCCAUGCGAGCUGCAUGCCAUGGGUGUGGCGAUCUGACUGCUGACUGACUGACCCUGGAGGAACUGUGAGAUGACCUGCCAGCCGAAGUGGACGGCCAGCGGGAGGAUGCCCACGGCCGAGCAGACGGAGAAACGGCCGCCCACCCAGUCCCAAAAACCAAACACGUUGUCCGGGUUGAUGCCUUCACACACACCACACACACACUUUGGUAACUCUGUGUGAGUGUGUGUGUGUGUGUGUUUGUAUGUGUGUGUGUGUGUUAUACUGACCGAAUGCCGAAGUUUCCGAGAUGUUGGUGCUGACGGCAACCAUGUGGCGCGCUGCAGAUGUCACACAACAGCACAGCACAUAGGCCGCAUACAACCAUAUUGUGUCUGUCUGUGUGUGGUGUGUGGUGUGUGUUGGUCCUGCAGGCAGGCAGGCAGGCAGGCUUACAGACGGCAGCCUCGUUGUGCAGGCUCCGGAGUAGCCACUCCUUGAUGGUCCGGGCGUUGAGCAUCGUCUCGGCAGUCGUGAACGUCUUGGAGAUGAUGAUGAUCUGAACAUUCGAAUCAGAGAACGAAUCAGUGGCAGACAGACAGACAGACAGGUGGACGAUGCACAGCACACACCCACACACAGGCGGUCCAUCUCUCUCUGGCUGCUCUUCUUUCUCACCAGAGUGGUCUCGGCGUGGAACCCCUCGAGAGCACGCUUCACGUCAAUGGGAUCUACGUUGGCCAGAAACCUGCACACACACACACACACACACACAGACACAGACAGGCAUGGGCCCACUAUUGACUGUCUGCCUGUCUGUCUGUCCGGCCCAUCCCUCACCUCCCUCACCCCACCUCACCCCACCUGAGUCUGCGUCCAUGCGAUGCGGUGUGUGCCUCGGGGUCGGUGCGCAGCCCCUCGUACACAAACUCAGGGCCCAGGUAGGACCCCCCGAUGCCGAUGCAAAUCACGUCCUUCAGCGGCUUGCCGGUGUAACCAACCCACUCUCCUGACAGACAGACAGACCAACCACACCACACCACACACACCCACAACGACAGACACCAUCACGCCCGUCCGUCCUUUGCCGUUGUUUGUCGUGAUCUCACUCCACUCGCUUCUCCCUCCCUGAGCGACCGACCGGUGCGUAUCUGGUGUGCGAAUUUCUUCAUCCGCGAGAGGACGGCAUGCACCUCCGGGACGACGUUCUUGCCGUCAACCUCGAUGACCUGGUCGGGCCUGGCGCGGAGGGCCACGUGCAGGACGGCCCGGUUCUCGGUGACGUUGAUCUUCUGACCCGCAAACAUGGCCUUGAUCUUGUUGGCCAGGCCCAUCUCCUCCGCCAGCUGCAGCAGCAGCCGCAUCGUCUCGGGGGCAACCUUCUGACGGCAGUAGUCCAAAAAGAUGCCUGCAGAUGUGCAGGCACCAACACAGACACACAGCCACACCCACAGAACCGCAUGCGCCUCGCCUCGCGACACACACCGUCCCUCAUCCCCCAUCCCUCUCUCUCUCCGCUUGUGUUGUGUGUGCUGCCCCAGACCCACCCUGGAACUCAGCGGCGAGUUGCGAGUUGCGGUCGUCGCUCGACAGGAGGGUGGUCAGGUGGGUGGCCUUCAUCUCGGCUGCAUGCUGCACGGCAGCGCCGUACGAUGGGGCGUCGGCGAGGGUCGGCAUGCCGGGCGGUGGUCAAAUCGCUACUGAGAGAGAGGGAGGCCGGGAGGACGGCGGCCCGUGCACGUCAAGGCUCUACGAUAACAAAAAAGGCACGGCAGAGGGCUCCAAUAAGGCCUCCCUCACCGAUCGCUGGCAACUGCGAGC